AUGCGUAAGCGCCUUCAGGAGGUGCCGGAGCAACUGGACAGCCCUGUCAAGCGAUGUCGCCCAAGCGAGGGCGAAGAUGCCUUUUGGGAUGAUGUUGGCAAGCCGGAUGGUUCCCCAAGCGAGCCUGUGCUCCCUGACGAUCUUUUUACCCAGAACAGCAGAGGUGACCUGCUCCUCAAGAACACCGCCUGGUCUGGACUGCUUGGAAGAAAGACCGGACCGAUUCUGAAGAUUACUGGCGCUUCACAGUUAUCACUGAAGGACAACCGUUUGCUCAUUGGUGGCGGCCCCGUUGUUCAAGAGGCAGUCAAAAUGUAUGCUGACAUUGUGAUCCGUGCCGAGGUGCCGGCAAGAUACAACAGUUGUGAAGUGGUUCGACUUUACGUGUCUGAAGACUUUGCCUGCUCUUUCUGUGCAAAAGAAGCGGAUAUUGAGCGAUCCGAGGGCGUUCUGAUCCUGACUGAGCGUGGAGUCCAGCAGACAGAACUGACAGAACUCCAGGUGGGAGAUGUGAUUGAAGUCCAGGGCCAGCACGGUCAUUGGAGAAUGGCAACCGUAUUAAAGGUUCCUGCGUCACAGUGUGCCGUUAUACGACAUAGCUCGGACCUUCACGAAGAGACGGUUCCACUGCGCCGACUACGCAGGGCCAGAUCCAUCGCAAUAUUUGGCAAAGCUCCACAGCGCUUGGCUGCUGCACUGCGCAUUGCGGCCUCGUUCGAAGACAUGUCUGCCGGAGCACUCGCAUCUCUUCAGGAAAACCCUUUCUUGCAAGGCAGGCUGGUGGGAGUCAUCUCCGAAAAGUUGGCAGUGCGACCGGACGUCAUGUGGCGACUGAACAAGAGCCCAUACCUCGCCAGCAUCAAAAAUGCAACAGGAUGCAGCAUUAUGUUCUUUAGCGGACCUUCGGUGGAGAACGCAGCUUCCAAGAGCAAGUCGGUCCCGCAUGUUCUUGUGGCUGGUACUCUGGAGGAGCGUUGGAAAGGUCUCCAGAUCGUGAAGACAAUCGCGACUGGCAUGCACGAAAGGAGGCAUCCAGCCUUGCCACGCUCAUUGUUUGGAGACUCCCGAACUGUCAGAAUCCCGAAAGACAUGCUAUCAGUAGUGGUGGGCAAGAACAUGAGUGCGAUGAUGGGGACGAUGCGAUCCACAACAACCGUCAUUCUGCCUCUCAAGGAAAGCAAGAACGACAAAGGCAUAGAAUUACUGGACACGCUGAUGUUAGAAGAGGGCGCUGAAGGAAGCAGCUGUGAAAUUGCAAUCUUGGGCGAACCUCUUUGCAGAGCGAUUGCAGAACUGAAAGUACGAGCCUUGAUUGAGAAGCACCAUCCGGGAUACGCUGAACAGGAGGACUCGAGCUUCUCGGAGAUGGACGCUGGUCUCGGUGUCGAGCAGCUGCUGCUCGAAACAGAGCUAGAGCAGAUGGAAGAGAGCAUGCAGAUCGGAAAACAGCUUGCCGGAGCUUCCGGCUGCUGUGUUGAGAUUGCAGCCAGCCGCGCCUUCUUCGCGGGUAAUAAGAAACACCGCGACCGAUGCAGGGAGUACCUCGCCUGGGUCAAUUCUUCUUUGCACUCUCAUAUCAGUGGCCUGACCAAGAGAAGCGACGUGAUGCUCCGGUCGAAGGUGCCAUCUGCUGUUGCAGAGUUGCCAUGGCUGCAACGGAAGCUGGCAAAGCUCGCUGUGGAUUGCAGUGCAUUGGCAUUUUUUGACAUGGAGAAUGAAGAGAGAGGUAGUGACACAAGGCGUUUGAUAUUCGUUGGAUGUGCUUUGGCGGAGCGUCCCAGACUAGUAACGACACUUCGUGCAGAAGCGAACACCUUCAUCGACAAGGCGAAGUUUUACAAGGACAAGGAUUGGUCGUUGGAAGAAUGCAAUGAGGCAGAGCAAACAGAGAGGCUUGCGAGGAAAGAAGAAAGCAAGAUGUUGUUCGAGCGCAUGACCGAGGAUCGUGGUAAGGGCGAACAAGGCAAAGGACAAGGCGGCAAAGCAAAGGGACCAGAAGGAGCAGGCAAAGGCAAGGCUUCCAUGCAAGACAAGGAGGGGUACGCGGAAGCCAGCGACAAAAAGGAGCAGGAUGGCAUUGAGGGGACAUCAGAAGACCCCGGUCGACAGAAGGGCCGAGUCAAAGGCAAGGGCAGAGGCAAGGGGAGCGGCAAGGCCGACGGCAAGGGCCACAACAAAGGUAAGAUUAUCUUUGUCGCUGGGGAGCGGCCAAGCGACGAGACUGAGUCGCGGAUUGACACAGGACUCACUGCCACUCACAUCGUCGAAGAAGAUGCCGCAAUGCCAGCCAGAGUUGCUGAGGCACAGCCAUGCACUCCGGCAUUCAACAGCAGCAAUUCUACGGCGACCGGGCGAGUUGAUACAGUCGAUACUGCGGGUUCAGCCGCAUCUGCACGGCAAUUUACUUCUGGCUUGCAGAGACCACGUGGAGCACCACCCCCUGCCAGCGCUGCUGUGGCAACUUCUGGGAAUUUGCAGAGCUCCCUCGCGGCUUUCGCUCCUGCACCCCCAAAAACCCCGGCAGUGGCCAGUGCAGCCAGAACUGAUUCCAUCGCACCUCCCCGAACCCCGGCUCCAGGGUCGGCACACGAGCCUGUAGCCCCACCUAGAACACCAGCGCCCUCGGCCCAGGCAGCGUCCGUCGCCCCGCCUCGAACGCCGGCAUUGCCUCAGCUCUUUGCACGUGACGGAUUCGUCGCCCCUCCUGCAACCCCAGCGAUGUCGAUUGCGCCCCCGAGAACACCAGGCCUCCCUCGAGAUUCAAUUCCUCCCCCAACCACACCUGCACCAGGCGUGGCUAGGGCGAAUAUGGGGAGGUCAUUGCUCGCGGAGCCAGGUGUGGCUCCGCCGAGAACACCUGCACUGCCCGUUGGCCACGCACGCGCCGAGAGUGUGGCUCCACCGAAAACGCCUGCAGUUCCUAGUCCUUAUGCCCGUGUGGAGGCCGUAGCGUUGCCAAAAACGCCGGCGUUGCCAGCUUCUGCUGUGGCUCCUCCGAAGACACCAGCUGUGCCGGGACCCCAUGUCCAUUCAGUUUCUGUCACUCCGAAAACACCGGCGGUUGCUGCGGUCAUCCCGGGACCGCAGACUCCAGGCCCAUGUCGAGCAGCCGCCUCCCCAGCGGUACAUACAGCAGUCCAUGCACCGCUACGGCCGCAUACCCCGGCCAGUCCUGCAUUGGCUGCAGACAGCCGCACGUUGCGCUCAGCUGCUGGUUUCGCCAAGCCGACGCCGAAGACAUCGCCUACUGCGCCACCAUCCUCGGAGCCAGACCUGAGUUGGACUGUCGAUAUUGUUCCCAAAACGCCAGCGCGCAUUGCGUCCGGGACCAUGGUGCCCAAGACACCAGCAGCAAUAAGCAGAAGCAGAGAUUCUGUUGCAAGUGCUCCUGCGCCUGCACCGCAAACACCUGCGGCCUUGAAGGCAAUGUCGGACAGGCUUGCCCAACCCAAAACACCAGCAGCACUGGCUCGAAAUUCAAGAGCCUCCAAGCCCGCGCCACAAACGCCAGCUGAAUUGACGAAACGGAAGGCUGAAGCCAUUUCAGACAAUCCUCCGGUUCCGAAAACACCGGUCGCCAUGAAAACGAGGCCAAACUCUCCACCUGUGCAGGCGGACCUCGAGCCUUUACCGCUGAGGUUUGCGCCGAGGCGCGGCUCGUCAUUCAAAAAACAUACAUACGAACAGAUAUAUAGAUUGAUAGGUCUCAUGAUUUUCAUAUUCUUGAAUACCUCUACUGAAACUACUUUUUCGUUUUAA